GUGUGGACAACGCGCCCUCUACCACGAAAGCAUGAUAAGCAAUUUGCGAUAAAAAUCAUGGAUGACCAAAAGAAACCUACAAAGAAGGUUGACUUAGGAUUGUUAGAAGAAGACGAUGAAUUUGAAGAAUUUCAAGCUGAAGAGUGGAAAGAAGAUGAGGAGGACACAGAAGAUGUCAAUGUUUGGGAAGAUAAUUGGGAUGAUGAUGUAGUGGAAGAUGAUUUUUCAAAUCAGUUAAGAGCGGAACUAGAAAAACAAGGGCACAAAGUUAAUCAACCUGAACCUAUGAAAACAUAGCAGACGAUAAAUUAACACUGUACAGAUUGAUGGGAAUAACCAAGGUCAAUUUAUAACACACCAUAUUAGAGAGGACAAUUUGCCAAUCUUACUGUAGAAGAUCCUUAAACUAUAAAUAGAGUAUUCAAGAAAUUUUGAUAAAAAGAUGUAUGUUUGAGUCUGUUGCCUCAAUGUUCCAGGGUACAAGCAGUGAAGGACUUUACUGAGGUUUAAGUUCUAUCUUCUAUCUCGUCUGAUCCUAUGUAUAGUUGUAGGAGAAAAUAAUGUAGAAUACUGCAUGCCAAAUAGUCUAUCCCAUUUCCUAGGUUAAAGUUUCAAACCACAGUAUGCGAAUUACACUGCCCUCCUUUGUUGUCAUCCACAAUUCCAAACAACUACUGUAGAAAGCUCAUAAACAGAGAACGAAAGUUUUUUUUUUUUUUUAUGGUAAAUGACAAAAAUAUUUUUGUCAUUAAUUUGAAUGAAAGUUAUGGUUUAAUAAUAUUUGCAGUCAGGGGAACUGUAAGUUCUUGGUAUUAAAAGUUGUGUACUUGUUCACGCAUGUUGAUUUUAUAAGUCAUUGUAUUAUUCAAGAGUCAAAUUUGUAUUGAUAUAAAAGCCAUUUGUAAAAAACAAUAAGUCAAAUUGUAUAAUUAAACACCUUUUCCUGAUUUGUCAUCAUUUCACAUUCAUAAUUCAGUUUAUAAGACUUGCUUUUUGAAUAAAUUUAUCAAUUCUA